GAUGGAUUUUGUGCUGAAUUCCGAUUGAUUUUUCGCCGGCCGAUUUGAAAAGACAGCAGGAUCUCUGUCUUCAGCUGAGGUGCAGAGCUUCUUGUAAUGGAGAAGGGGGAUUUUUGCAUCUCCACUAUGGCAUCAUCAAAUAUCGCAGUUCUAUUAACUAUUGGUGUCAUCACUGUACUUGUGAUACGAAUUGUUUAUGUUAUUAAUAGGAGCAGAAAGCCGCUUCACUCCAAAUCACCACGAUCCCUCAGUACUCUUAUUGUUCUGGGUUCAGGUGGUCACACAGCAGAAAUGUUAAACUUAUUAUAUGUCCUUCAAACAGAGAGGUUUAAGCUGAGGUAUUAUAUUGCCGCUGCUACUGAUAAUAUGAGUCUCCAAAAAGCUCAUGUGUUUGAGGAUUCCUUGCUCGGUAAGGAAGCGCUCAAGGAAGUAGGGGGGGCUGAAUUCAUGCAGAUAUAUCGAAGUCGAGAGGUUGGUCAAUCGUAUAUAACCUCAGUUGGAACCACAUUGGUUGCAAUUGCACAUGCGUUGUGGUUAAUGAUCAAGAUCAGACCUCAAGUGAUUCUGUGCAAUGGCCCUGGAACGUGUAUUCCACUAUGUGUAAUUGCCUUCCUUUUCAAGGUUUUGGGAAUUAGGUGGUCAUCGAUUUUCUAUGUUGAGAGUAUUGCAAGAGUCAGGAAGCUGUCGUUAAGCGGUUUGCUUCUUUACAAGCUACACAUGGCAGAUCAGUUAUUCGUGCAAUGGCCGCAACUAAAAGAGAUGUAUCCGCGAGCUCAUUAUGUUGGUCGUCUUAUGUAAUCUAUCAGUUUCUGAUCUAUUAUAGUGAGGUACGUAGUACUCGAGCUCUGUUGAUGCGUUUGAAGAGUUCUACAAAUGGAUGUAAAGGGUCUUCGUUUGAAAGAGAAUAUUAUUGUUAUCUUCUUGAGGCAAGGAAAGAAAUUAAUGAUCAUUUCGAAGUGAUUGGCACCAUUGUUGUUGUUUUUGUAUCAUAUAGGUAACUUGCUAAGUUAAAGAUUCCAGAGAGAGUUAACAAAUACAAGUGUAUUUAAGUUCCACUUUUCCAAAGUUUUAUACAUGAGUAAACCUUUUGACAUA